CACAAACAGAGCGGAAAAAGAGAGAGAGGGAGAACCCCUGGAGAGGAAACUCGUCUGCUCUUGCAGUGUUCAGGCUGGACUCACGCAGGACAGAAGUGCUGGAUUAUCCUCAGAGCUCACAGCCCACAUGACUGACCUGCUCCAGAAGACACUCAGAGAAGAUGACAUGCAGGAUUAGCUGGAGGAGCGCUGUCGUCUGCUCAUCAUGGAUCCGGAGUGUCUGGACUCGUGUAUCCAGAGCUGUCUGUCUGUCCUCUUCCCACCAUUUGAGCUGACGGCAUCGACCGUCCUCAGCCAGAUCUUCCAGCUCAUCGACACUCAAUAUGAUGGAGAUGCCCUUCAGUGUCUGAACACCUUCCUCAUUCCUGCCAAAACCCUUCUAGAAGGCCUGCAGCAGACAGCCAGUGCUCCGCACUCUAAGAGGGUGUUCAGCAGUCCUGGCUGGCCUCUGUGUUUACAGGAGCGCAUCGUGAUCCAACUUGCUCCUGUAAACUCCCUGCUGCUCCGACCCGGAGACUUUUACCUGCAGGUCGUGCCGUUUGGGAUCCAGUCGGUUCAAAUUGUGGUCAAGAGUGUUUCAGAGGAGGAAUGUGAGCUGGAGGAAACUCCCAUCCCUGAAACCUCACACUCCAACAUCUUCACUGAAACCUGGCUCCAAGAGCUCAAUGAAAAGAGACAUGGAAGACCCCUGUCCCGCUGCAUCCUCAAAACCCAACAGAACAUAAUCAAGGUUCCCUGGGAAGAGGUGGUCAAUCCUGAAUUUGAGGACGAGCGGAGGAUGGACUCAGCGUCUCCGUCUAAUCAACAGGAGUCUUCGAGUUUGUGUCGUCCACCAACGCCUUCCAGCUUCUCCAUCGAGACCAGGAUUUGUCCUGCACGGGACGGUAUUGCGGUGUCUUUGCGAUUGGUAGACAGCAGCAGUAUUACAAAACACAGUGAAAUGGAUCAGUCUGGGAUGCGUCCCAUAGGGUGGGUUUCUCCAAGCACAUGGGACAGCAGAAGUAAAAGCAGUUUGGUUGGGAUUUGCAACGAUCCACUGGACUUUACCAAAGAAACCCAAGGAUAUGCAAACACAUGGACUCCCCUACUGAGGUCCAAUGGUGCGACUCGGGAGCGUUCCACAUGUGUGCGCACAGUGCGGUUCGCUGAAGAGCCCUGUACUCCAUGCAUGCAGAGGAAACAUGGACAUGGGACCAAGCAAAAGUGUCGGUUUAUGGAUACAGCCAUUACACCCAAAGAAAAAUCUGAUCAUCCUAAUGAAGCAGAAACUGCUGACCCCUGCGGUGAGGAGCAAAUCCAGAGCGCAUACCGGGACGGUUUGGCUCCAGCAGUGGUCGGCACAUCAGAGAAAUGCCACAUUGUGAUUCAGGGACAGUCAAACCAGGAGGACAGAAGCAGCUACUUCGAAAUGAUUCCCAGACUUCAUGUGGUUCCCGGGAAAAAGACCACCACUUUUGGACUGGUGUCUCCGAAGCUGAACAGAAGACGAUUGGUGAUUAAAGAUCUUCCUCAAGAUCCAAAAUCUCAGUGCGCUCCUGUUCCUGGAUCACGGAUAAAUCAUCCAGACGGUUUAACACCAGCAGAAACAGAGCGCCGGCCGUCCAGAUCCUCCACACCUCCAACACUUAAAGCUGAUGCUCUCCUGCAUGCAGGAAUCGUGUGUCUCACAGGCGGUCAGGAUCGCUCGGACCGAGCAGUUCUGGAGGUUUAUGGAGAUCAUCAGGUCUGGAUUUCUGCAACACUUUCAAGCCAGGAGAUCUUCAAACUUCUGCUGUAUUUUCAUACCAUCACCAGGAAAGGAAUGAAAGAUGUCGGGAUGACUGUGGUGUUUGAUGCUCGGAAGAAGCCUCCGCAUCCAGAGUUUACCAAAGCUCUCCUGACGCUCCACGAGAAGGAUCCUGGUGCGGUUCACUGUGUUGUGCUUCUGCUCAAUAAAGACAGCAGCUACAGUCAUGAGAAGAGGCCUGGAGUUACGGUGGAAACUGUGACGUCCUAUAAAGCUCUGUAUAAACUAGUGGAGGUCAGUCAGCUGACAGCGGCUCUACACGGCUCAUUACUGUACAGCCACUGGGACUGGAUACAAAUACAUCAGAAACUGUAUCCGUUUGUGUCUGACCUGCAAGAUGCAUCCGCUCUUCUAUCAGGAGCUAUAAAGAAACUAGAAGGUGUUCAUAAAAUCGACACAGUGCAGGAUGUGCAGCAGUGCAUUAAGGAGCAGGCGGCUCUAAUGAAGAAUGUGCUGGAAGACGCCCGAUUGGUCGAGCUGCAGAGAGGAGGCGGAGCCAUGCUGGCACGGCUGAGGCGGGAAACUGACGUGAGGUCACCACACUGCGAACAAAGCCGUGAGGUGAUUGAUACGGUCACUCAUCUGUACAAUGGCAUGGAGGAGCAGGUGCACGUUCUGGCCAGAAAGUCUAACAUGUCCCUGCAGCACCUGGACUUCCUGUUGCAGCUCCGACACAUGGAGGCCAGGUUUGCACAGAUUAAGGAAUGGUUCGACACCGAAGGAGAAACACAGCUCCUGCAGGCUGAAUCAGUGGAUGAAUCCAGUGAACAAAUACAACAAACCUUGCAGACAUUCAAAGCUUUUCUCUCUGAAGCAAACGAGCGGAAGCACCAGGCGAUGAUGCUGGUGUCGGAUGCGGAGCGCAUUCAGGGCCCAAACUAUCCCGAGACGGAGGUGUUUCACAGGAUGGUGUCCAUGUUUAAGUCUAGUGUGUCUGAUUUCGUGUCUCGAGCAGAGCGCUGCUGUGAAGAGCUGGCGAUGAUGGUCUACAUCUGCCACAUCUGUGAGAGGGCUUCAGCCGUGGCGGGCGACUGCAGGCUGUGUUUGGAGCAGGAGUCGCUCUGCUGUCCUGCAGAUGAGCAGCACUGGGCUCGACUCCACGCUCACCUGCAGAGGCUAGAUGAGUUUCCUCCAGAGCUUCUGCAGGACGUCCGGACACAGGCCUGUGCUCUGAGCAGCUCCAGGGCUCUGCGGGUGUGGGACGCUGCCUGGGUGAAGUGUGAGGAGGUGCGGAGGAUGCUGGAAGAGAGACUGAUGCUGCUGGAGGGAGAUCAGACACACCAUGGACAUCACACUGACUGGACUACAGGUCAGUGUGAUGCUACAGCACUAGAAGAUGAAGAACGCGAGUGUGUGCCUGAAUCAGAGACGCGAGCGAAUCGAUCAAGAGACAGCAUCCACAACACAGUCACCUGCUUCAACUUCAGAUCCAAACCCCGACGAGACUCCAAAAAUACAGCGACCACCAGAGAAACCCCGGCAGACUGCAGUCAGAGAGGCAGAAGCAGCAGCAGGAGAGCAGCUCCGGAGCAGAGGGCAGUUUCUGGGGCUCCUGUUGGCUGUCAGUGGUUCCCUUGGCAGAACACAGUGAACAGAAGCAGCAGCCGGCGCUCGGAGCUGCACAUCACUGAGCCCAUCCAGCGGCACAACAGCUUCAGCUCUCAGACACACGACACACAUGGAGACGCGUGGAGAAAUGAAGGAGAAAACACUGCAGACACACACGAGAGUCCCAGCAGAAGCAUGAAGCUUCAGCGGAUCAUGGAGGAGCUCCUGCUGACGGAGGUGGAAUAUGUCCGCUCUCUGGGAUACAUCUUGACUCAUUAUUACCCCUUGCUGUCCAGACCGGAUGUCCCGCAGGAUCUGCGCGGCCAACGAGGGCGAAUCUUCGGUAAUCUGGAAAAACUCUACGACUUUCACUGUCAGCACUUCCAGCAGGAGCUGCAGGCCUGUCAAGCGGAGCCGCUGAGAGCGGGACGCUGCUUCCUCAAUCACAGGGAGAGUUUUGGACUUUACGCACUUUACAGCAAAAACAAACCUCAAUCUGAUGCACUGAUCCAACACCACAGAUACUUCAAGCGUAAGCAGCUUGAGUUGGGUGACAGCAUGGAUCUCUCCUCAUACCUGCUGAAGCCGGUGCAGAGGAUCAGCAAAUACAGUCUGCUGCUGCAGGAGAUCCUGGACGAGUGUGUGUCUGAUCAGAGCCCCGAGCGGGAGGAGAUCCAGGCAGCGCUGGAGGUGGUGCGAUUCCAGCUGAGGCACGGAAAUGACCUGCUCACCAUGGACGCCAUCAGAGACUGUGAUCUAAAUCUGAACGAGCAGGGCCAGCUGAUUCGGCAGGAUGAAUUCUGGGUAAUUUUCCGUAAGAAACGUUCCCUCAGGCGAGUGUUUCUCUUCCAAGACGUCAUUCUCUUCACCAAGACCAAAAAAAACGACAGAGGAGACGAUGUUUAUGUUUACAAACUGUCUAUCAAGACCUGUGAGAUUGGCAUGACGCAGUCAUGUGGUCUCAGCGGCCGGAGUUUCGAGAUUUGGUUCAGAAGACGACGAUCGCAGGACACCUACAUCCUCCAGGCGGAGACACGGGACAUCAAACAUGCCUGGACCACAGACCUGGAGCACAUACUGUGGGAACAAGCCCUCAAGAGCAGAGAGUUGAGGAGACAGGAGAGGUUGUUCAUGGGAACCGGCUGCAAACCUUUUGUAGACAUUCAGCCCAGAAACGCAGCUGUCAAUCACACUGUGAAUGGUGAUGUCACAGGAAGAGAACUCGUAGGAAUACUGAAAACACCCAAUCCUCUGGUGUCUGGCCUUCAGAGGGGCGGGGCUUUACCACGGCCAGAUUCCAUUGGCUCUGGCAGCACCACAUCAACUGCAGGCAGCCAAUCAUCUUCUUCUUCAGGGCGGGGCUCGAUGUCUCCCAGCGUCUUCCAAGGAAAAUAUGAGUCAUUGGUGGAAAACGCAGGUUUGACUGGCUGUGCGGAUCAUACCUGCUCCACAGGACGUCGAAGGUCAUCAGUUUCAUCAUUGCUUCACUCCAGAUCUUCAGCGUCACCUGCUCACUCCAUCCAUUACAGCUCUCCUGCCCUGUCCAGAAAAAUGCUCAGUCCACAAACAGAGGCUCACGGCACUCUCAAGAAUAAAGAAACUCAAAGGUUUGAAAACACUUGACGGGGAGUAAAUAUGUCAGUUUGAGGAACCGAUUCGAUCCAAAGCUUCAACAGAGGUUUAGCCUUGACAGAGGCUUGCAUGAAUCUCAUCUGAAGCAAGAAAAAGUUUUGGACAUACAACAUUAAAAAAACAGACCAGAUUAGACAAGAUACUGGAUUAUCCUGUGUAGAAAUGCUGAAAACAAUAAGAAGAAAGUGAUUAUGAGUGACCAGACCUCAUCUGUGGACCAAUCAUCUAACUUGUCAUCUUGAAAGGCAGAUUUGAGGAACUGCAUGGGCAUCUUCCUGCUGUUUCUGGAAGUUCUGGAUCUGGAAGGACAGAAAUAAUAUGUUGAAGCUUGAAUUAUUGUGCGAUUAAUAUGCAUGGAGAUUAUUUCUUAAUAAAAUGUACAGAAGAGUAUUUUGAAAACAGAUUACACUCCCUUAUGCAAUGUUCAGUAUUACACACAUAAGUAUAAUUUAACAUUUAUAAAUGUCCUAAGUACGUUUAUCCAGCUCAUAUAACAUCAUUUAUGGCAGAGAAGAAUACAUGUUUACAUAAAUGCGCACACAGACACAUGAUUUGAAUAACUGCUUGAAAAAGUAUUUUAAUUAUUAAUAAUUAAUUGAGACUGUAUAAGGGUUUUCUACAGCAUGUGUGAAAGUACUGGACUGUUUAUAUUGUGGACUAUAAUAAACAGGAUGAUGAUACAGAAAUCUGUAUUUUAUUAUUUAAAAGAUUUAUAAUGAAUAAAGAGAAUAAAAUAUU